AUGGAUCUGGAAAUCGAUUCCCAGCACAUCUUCUCCGAGUUCGAGGAUCCAGAGCGUCAGGCUCUGGUGGAAAGUAUCAUGAACCAAGCGGGAGGACUCGCCUUUAUUCCCCGUGGCAGUCUGUUCCCGCUGUGGUUCAGCGAUAUCAGUGUCUUGAGAACCGCUGCAGAUCCAAAUCAAGAUCUCUUCCGCCGUUCCUGGGUUCGUCAGGUCCAAAUUCUUCCCAUGACCGACUUUGCUGGCGUCUGGGGCGGAAGCAAACAAGCCAACAGACCGUCGACGCAAGCAGGUCUGGCGGCACCGCGCCAGACGCACCAAGCUCGGUCUCGGUCGCCUGGUACAUCUGGUGUGUCUCCUCGAGGCCGGUCACUGCCUCGCUCUCGAUUACCUGUUCCCUCCCGUGGCCCGAAUAUGCGCAGCAGCGAUGUCAGAGAACAGACACUUGCCCGGGACAACAACCAAUGCGUCCUUACCAAGCUCCUUCAACCUACGCUGCAGGUGUCCCAUAUUAUGCCAUUCAAGCUGAACAUGACCACUGGCAAAGUCAACCCAAUGUGGGCUUGGUUAGAGGCAUUUUGGGGUAAAGAAAAGGUCAAGGACUGGCAAGAGCAGCUUCUUCCGGACCCAGAUGGGUCCCUGAAUACCGAGUUCAUUGCCAACAUGAUGACCCUCGGUAUUCAGGUUCACCAAUACUGGGACAAUGCUGUCUGUGCAUUUCGCCCGAUCAGCGUCAACAAGGAAGGGACCAGUAUGAAGGUAGCAUUCCAUUGGCUACCUCUGGCUCUCAAAUCCGUACGCCGAGACGAGCUUGUGCCAGUACAGUCUCACCCUUACUCAGACAUACCUACGGGAUUCAGGGAAGGCCCGAGAGAAAAAGAGGAGCGGACAACGAUGAGAUUGUUCCACCAAGGAUCUGGGAAAAUCAUACCUUCGGGGUAUAUUUUCAAAAUCACAACACCGGAUCCGGUGGCGAAGCCACUGCCAUCGAUGGCACUGCUCGAAUUGAAGUGGCAUUUGAGUAGAAUUGUGGCAAUGCAGGGAGCAGCUGAGGAGGAGGAUAGUGAUUUGGAUGACGAUCACGACUCUGUGAAAGUACCCUCGCGGUCUCGGUCUCGGUCUCCACAGAAAAAUCCUCUUAAGGAAAACAUGCCGAUUCGAUCCCGGCAUGAGUCGUUGUCUCCUGGCAAAUCUCAGAGGCUCUCGUUGCUCUCUGAGGUUUCAAGCUUGGAGGAAAACUGGUGA